AUGGCCGAUAGUUCCCUGUACUCAACAGCACCAUCCGCUGAGUGGCUCCUCUAUGAGAAGACGUGGAAGCGGCCUGCCGCAUCUUCCACCGACACGCUCAAGGAGGCGCGUGACAAGGCGAAUGCCAGGACCGCAAAGCUCUUUGCUGACGUUUUGGGAAGACCCGAUGUCGGCCUUCAAGUCACUGAUCUCAAAAAUUCCAAAACCAAUGGUGUCCAAAUCCCCACCCGUCUCUAUAGGCCUACCAAAGAUGACUCGAAGAACCAACCGAAACUUCUACCCCUGUACAUAUCCUUCCACGGGGGCGGUUACCAUCUCGGAAACCUGGAGACAGAAGAUCCGCAUUGUCGCCAGAUCGCGCUAAAGACUGGCUUCAUGGUUCUCAACGUCGACUAUCGGCAUACUCCUGACUGGACGUUUCCAGCCCCCGUUGAGGACAGCUGGUCGGCGUUCCAAUGGGCGACUCGGAACGCCUCUCAGUAUCACUUCAACAGUCAGCAAAUCUUCGUCGGGGGUGUCAGUGCUGGCGCCAACCUCGCCAUCUCUGUAGCUCUUGAAGCCCUCGGAGACGAUACCGUUCCAAACGCCAGGGGACUCAUUCUUGGUACGCCGUCUACUGUUCACCCAGCUCACUUUCCCGUUGAACUUCUAAAGGGUCGACCGAGCUCUCUUGAUCUACUCGCCGACGCGCCCUUUAUCAACAUGCAGAAGCUCCGGGGCUUUAUGGACCUCUAUAACCCAAUCCCGACACAUCCGACAUGUUCACCUCUACUGCGUCCUUGUCAGGAGUUUGUCGGCCUGUGUCCAGUGUCGUUUCACAUCGCAGGGCUCGAUCCACUUCGUGAUGAAGGGCACUUGAUGGAAGAAAAGAUGCGGGAAGUUGGAGUUGAAACAACCUUGCACAUUUACGCAGGCGUUCCACAUGCAUUCAUGUCCCUUCCGGCGCUUCCUUCUGCAGAGAGAUGGCGGCACGCGAUACAAAAUGACUUGAAGGGGUGGGUUGGGUGUUCUUAA